AUGUUGCUUCUUUUGACGAAAUUGUUGAUCGUUGCUGCGGUACUAGAAUCGCUUGAUAUACCAGACAGUCUAUCAGUUCGUAUAGCUGGCGGUGAAACAGCAGAAUAUACCCCCUGGAUAGCAGCACUAUCUUAUGGAGAUGUGAACAAACGGUUCCAAUGUGCUGGAUCCAUCAUCACUGACAGGCAUAUCUUGACCGCUGCUCAUUGUAUCGUGCCCGCAUAUAAUAAUGGACAAUUAGUAAGCACAUAUAUGGCAACUGUGGGAUCAAAUGUUAGAGAUGGUUCUGGGCAAAACUACAAACUGAUUAAGAACUACACUCACCCAGACUUUACAAUAAAUUAUGUAAAAAACGAUAUUGCAAUCCUGGUGACAAACACUAGUAUUGAAUUCUCAGUGAUGGUACAUCCUGUGACAGUGAACUUUAACAGGGUUGAUCAAGGAGUAGCUGCAAUUAUUUUGGGUUGGGGCAGUCAGUCUCUCCGUGGAAACGCAAGCCAAGAACUGCAAGAGUUAGAGAUGGUCACAGUAAACUCUACCUAUUGUUUCGCGGAAACGGGUCGCGUAGGCGCGACUCUGAAGAUCAUUCCACCCUAUAUAGAUUCUGAUAAGGAAAUAUGCGCGUAUCGAGCAGUGGGUAAAGGCACUUGUAAAGGUGACUCCGGCAGUCCGCUCGUCUGUGCAGACAACGACGAGCAAAUUGGCCUCACCUCCUGGGGCAUUCCAUGUGCUCUCGGGGCACCAGACAUGUUCACUCGCAUCAGUAGUUAUAAGGACUGGAUCUUGGGUGUAUUGGCUGAAAUGCAGUAUGAAGACAAAUUGUCGUACAGUAUGAGGGAAUGCCCGAAGAACGAGUUUAUUAAUUGA